AUGGAGUCGGUCAUUUACAACUUCACAGAGAAGAUGAGUGGGCUUCUUCAGAUGGAAAGACAAGCUGAACUUGAUGAGUCUGCUAGCUUACUUUCAAAGUUUUCGCUCAAGGAACUUGAGAAGAGAAAUUUAGCAAUUACAAAAUUAUCUAUAAAAGAUGUGUCUACAGGUAUUUAUGGAAAGAUUUUGCUUCAUCUCUCAAGACCUUAGAGGAAAGUAGCCAAAGAAUACGAUGAUGGGGAGAGCAAAAUCACCAAAUUUUCCCCAGGAGAUAUCGUGGGAUUAUUUCAAGCUCAAUCGACAGAAGGAUCUGACAGAAUUGAUGGAAUAGUUUACAAAGUGAAUGAAGACUAGAUUGUAGUUUCUUUUAGAGAAAUGCAUGAUUUUGAGUCUUUAAGACAACCGCUAUCAUUAGUCAUCCUUGCAAAUGAAAUUACUCAUAAAAGAUGUAAAGAAGCUCUUGAGACUAUAAGAACCAGAUAAAAUCAGAGAUUAAUUGAAGUGCUAUUUGAAAUUUAGGAGCCGUAGGUUUAAGAUGAUAUUGAAUAUCUCUAAAAUUUGACUUAUUAUAACUAAGGACUAAAUACUUCUUAAAGGCUUGCUAUUGAAAAAUGUCUUUCCUCAACUGAUGUUUCUUUGAUUCAUGGGCCUCCUGGCACUGGAAAAACUACAACUGUUGUAGAAUUAAUACUUUAGGCAGUUGAUAAGUAGAAGGCUAAGAUUUUAGCAUGCGCACCCUCGAAUAUAGCAGUUGAUAAUAUUAUUGAGCGUCUAAGUGUGUCUAAUCCCAAUUUAUUUAUCGUCAGAAUUGGCCAUCCAGCAAGAUUGAUGGAUUCUGUCUAAUAGUUCUGUCUUGAUGCUUUAAUAUCAAGCAGGGCUGAAUACGGUAAAUAGACAAAUGAGAUCAGAAAGCUUAUCAAUAAACUAAAUCAAAAAUUACAAAAGAGCAAGAGUAAACAAGAGAGAAAGGAGAUAUAUGGUGAAUAUAAGCAAUUAAAAAAAGACCUUAAGUAAAUAGAAUAACGCCAUAUCAACGAUAUUUUUACAAGAGCUGAUGUUAUUUGUUGCACUUUGACAUCUGCUGCAGAUAAAACUCUUAGCAGAUUUAUUGAGAACAAGAUGCAAGAUUAGUUAUUUGACAUGCUAGUUAUUGAUGAGUGUGCAUAAUCUGUGGAACCUGCUUGUUGGAUCCCAAUUAAAAAUGCGAAAAAAUUGGUGAUGGCUGGAGAUCACAAACAACUAGAUGCCACGGUGAAGUCAGAUGAGGCAUCAAAGAAGGGACUUUCACUGUCAUUAUUUGAAAGAGUUAUGAAAUUUAAAAAUAAAAAUCAGACUAUGCUUAAUGAAUAGUAUAGAAUGAAUGAGAAGAUUAUGAGCUGGUCUAAUUAAGCGAUGUAUGAUGGUAACUUGAAAGCUCAUAUCGAUGUCAAAGAUAGGCUAAUGGUUGAUUUGUAUUAAAAUAACACUGAGGAAAUAAUCAAUAACCCACUUUUAUUUAUUGACACAGCAGGAGCUCUGAUUGAAUGCGAUCUAGUGAUAUAAGUUUUGAAGGAAUUAAUCUCACUUGGAAUAAAAAAGUCUGACAUUGGAGUAAUUACCCCGUAUAAUGCUCAGGUUAAUAUGAUCAAGAAAGCCAUAAGAUUUUAAGAAGAACUUCAUACUCAUGUUGAUAGAGCGAAAAUAGGUGAUAGAAUUGAGGUCUCAACGGUUGAUGGAUUUCAAGGAAGAGAAAAAGAAGUAAUAAUAAUAUCAAUGGUCAGGUCAAAUCCUAAAGGAGAGAUAGGAUUUCUAUCUAAUGAAAGAAGAAUGAAUGUAGCUGUGACAAGAGCUAAAAGACUAUGCACUAUAAUAGCUGAUAGUGGUACAGUCUCUAAGAAUAGUUUCUUGAAAGCAUUGAUUUAAUACUUCAAGGAUAAUGCCAUAAUAAGAUCUGCAUUUGAUUAUCAAGGAAAUAGUGAUGUUAGAAUAAUGUAUGGUUAAUAUCAAUCCUAAGGUAUUGAUGAGCAAACAUUGAUUAAGAGAAAUGAAUAAAGAGCUAUUCAAGGGGAUACAAAAUAGGGUUUAUCACAAGCAGAGAAAAAUAAGUUAAAAAAAGAGAGAAAAAAGCAAAAGAAAUAAGGCGAAGAUUAGAAUAAAGAUUAAAACUAAGAGGAAGAAAAAGGGGGUGACUAGGGCAGGUAUAAAUUUCAAAAAGCGAACCAAAGAGAUAAUAUGACAUAAGAUGAAAAAGAUUAGCAAGAUUAAAUCAGAGAAUAAGAGUUGCAUGCAAUAAUUGAUGAUUUCUUUAGUGAGCCUAAUGUAGUCGCAUACAAUUUUCCAAGCACUUUAAAUGGCUGGGAAAGACAAGUAGUACAUGCAUAUUGUGAGAUAUUAAGUCUUGGCCAUGAGAGCAAAGGAAAUGGUAUGAGUAGAUAUAUUACAAUUUCAAAGGGGAAGUAAGUAGCUGAAGAAUAGAAGUAGUAGGAGUAAAAACCUAAAUCUCUAAAAGAAGCCUUGAAUUAGCAUAAAGUUAUAAAUACCUAAUCUUAGGCUGAGCCGUAAGAUAUAUAAUAAAUACAGUAGUAAAACUUGACUUAGAAUUCGUAGUUGAGUGAGUAUCUUUAAAAAAGAAAGUAGCAAGAGGAGUAAAAAUCUUAGCAGCAAACCCAAUAAUAAGAAGUUAAGAAAGAAGAGAAAAAGAAAGAAAAAAAGAAGAAAAGUAAGGCUUCAAAAUAGGUAGACCAAACAUCAGGCAAAGCAGAAUAGAUGGAUGACUUAGAUUUCCUUGAUUCGAUAAUUAGUCUUAACAAGUAGUGUCAUUAUCAUGUGUGCCGAGUAUCGAUUGAGUUAUUCUAUUGCACUUGCAAAUACUGUAAAAAUCGGUUUUGUGCAGAUCAUUUCUAGCCAGAAAAACAUUUGUGUGAAAAAGAUUAUGAAGCUAGUCUCACAAACAAUAAUGCUUUUAAAAGUCAAAAUAACUAGGUUCUUAAAGAUAGAGCUGAAGCAGCUCGUAAAGAACUAGAGGCAAAAAGACAAGCAAAGCCAACUAAGAAAUAAGCUGAGUAGACUACUACAAGCGGAAAGGCAAAGAAGAAAUGA